CAUAGAAAAGCCACUUUAUUUGUUAUUUAUAUUAGAUGUCCAUAUUCAAACGUUGCAUAAUCAGCUGAGCAACUAUCGCAUAGGAAAGAAAGUCAUCAUGGCUUCAACACAGACACUCACUCGGAGCUCCAGUGAACUUGUGCCCCUGCCCCACUCUCAAGACAUCACCUUCUCUCCCAAAAGUAACAUAUUAUCCUCAAAUACCGGAAAUGCAUUCGAUGCCGAGGUUUUGAUGCAGAAUUUAGAUGGCGGUCAAGAAGUCAAGGAGCUGUCUAGAAGGAGAGCAACUGUGGUUGUGACGACUGUAGCGGGAGUGAACUUCUUGAAUACCAUGGGGAGUGGGAUCCUGACUGUUGCACUCCCGACCAUAGCGAAGGAUUUGAGUCUGGGGGUCGAACUACUGCUUUGGCCAGCAUCCAUCUACGCCCUAACAUGCGGUUGUACACUCCUCCUCGCCGGCUCCCUCGCCGACAUCCUAGGGCGCCGCAUAACUUUCCUUGUCGGCACAUCCCUCUAUUCCGCAUUCACCCUUGGCUGUGGUCUCUCUCCGACAGGCACCUCUCUGAUCAUAUUUCGCGGUUUUCAAGGCCUCUCUAUUUCCCUGUAUCUCACCACCGCCGUUGGAAUUAUUUCAACAUCAUUCCCGGCUACGGGACAGGGGAAUAGACGGAAUUUCGCGUUUGCUGCAACGGGUGCGGCGAGUCCGGUGGGGUAUACGGUGGGCUUGGUGUUAGGUGGUUUGUUUGUUCAGAGUGUGGGGUGGAGGUGGUGCGUAUAUUCCGACAUCUUACUCUCCUUCUUGUUGGUUGUCGAAUCGUUCAGAUAUAUUGAAGGCGAGACUCGGACAACUGACAGUUCUUCGAAGUCGAAGUUACAUGUUUAUACAGAGGCUAGACAGAGUCGUUUGGAGUUGCUAAUGCAUACCAGGAGUUUCCAUUUUGCAGCUAUUCUCAACGUCAUUCUUUGCAUAACAGCUGUUUCCUGGCUGCCAGCCGACGAGACACCAGAGACUCACGAGGGACAACCAAGAAGCAAGGUGCAGCGGAUGAAAGGGGAAAUUGACUGGGUUGGAGCUGGUAUCGCAACGGCGAGUAUAAGCACGCUGUCAUACGUUUUGGCAAUUAUCACAGGAAAAUCAUCCUCCAUCAAAUCAGCUCAGAAUAUAUCCCUCCUCACCAUUGCCUUACUGCUGAUUCCAGCAUUUAUAUUCUGGAUGAGCAGACAAGAAUGCCUCGGUCGGCCAGCUAUCAUCCCAAACUCAAUAUGGAAACAAAGCGCAUUUACAACGACAUGUAUAGUAGUUUUCCUAACAUGGGGAGCUUUUAAUCCAUUUGGAUACUUCACUACGUUAUUUUUCCAAGAAAUCCAACACCUCGGCCCCCUCGCCACAUCUCUCCGUUUCCUCCCCACAGUCGUCUGCGGCAUCCUCACAAACAUCGUAACCGGCCUCCUAGUCCGCAAAACAGCCGCGCUCUACCUCGUCGCAGUUUCGUCCGCCUUCUCCGCUCUCGCUUGUAUCCUGAUGGCAAUCGUGCACCCAGAAUGGUCGUUCUGGGUUUGUGCUUUCCCGGCGGUGUUUUUAAGUCCGAUGAGUUCUGAUGUGCUCUACACGAUUUCCAAUCUGAUCAUAACGUCUUCAUUCCCAGCCAGUAAGCAAUCCCUCGCAGGAGGAGUCUUCAACACCGUGUCCCAGAUUGGAAAUUCGGUAGGUCUCACAAUGGGGGCUGUGAUAGCAGCUUCGGUUACGAGUUCAAAAGCUGGUCAUAGUUCUGGGUCUGCUACUAAGGAUGAGAAGAGUGUGUUGAAUGGAUAUAGAGCUACGUUCUACAUGUGUUUUGCUGCGAUGGCAUGUGUGGUUGUGGUUGGUGCGUGGGGGUUGAGGGGCGCGGGGAAGGUGGGUGUUAAGAAAGAGUGAUAUGAUGCGAAUUGAUAGGAAAGAGGAG